GGUAGUAAGAAGAUGGCGGAAAAUUUGAAAGAUUGCAAAGUAGCAUGUCUUGCUACUUUCAACCAGCUGGAGUCCAUUUGCAGAGAGGAGGGAGUCGUCUGCAGAGACCUGGGGAUCACCAAGAACAACUUGUGUCAUUAUGAAGUGGAAUACCUUUGUAGCUACAAGCGUAAUGUUAUCAAAGUUGGGAAGACACAAGAAGUGCAGGAGUUUUACUUGGUGAAAUGGAAAGGCUACCCGGAGUCAAUGAACACAUGGGAGCCACGAAAGAACCUCAAGUGUACAGAUCUGCUCGGCUAUUUCUGGGAGGAUAUGAUGCAAGAGCUCUUGAGACGAAAGAAACGCAGCGUCCCCAAGAAAGUGGAUGCUUCCAUUGUCUCCCAUGUCGUCCAGCGGGCAAAGCUCAGGCAGACCCUUAAACUGUGGGAGACUCACCUGAACAGUCUGGGUACCCACAAGGGCUGUAUUUAUGUUGAAAACCUGGUAGAUAUGGAGGGCCCACCAAAGAACUUCACAUACAUUAAUGACUAUAAGGUGGGUGACGGGAUCUCUCUGAACGAAGUGGCUGUUGGUUGUGAAUGUACAGACUGUCUGAACAAUCCCGUGGAGGGUUGCUGUGCUGGAGCCUCACAGCACAAGUUUGCGUACAAUGAUUCUGGACAAGUGCGCAUUCGGCCGGGGCUGCCCAUAUACGAGUGCAACAAGCGGUGCCGCUGCGGGCCGGAGUGCCCCAACAGAGUGGUGCAGAGGGGUAUUCAGUAUUCACUAUGCAUCUUUAGGACAGACAAUGGCAGAGGCUGGGGGGUACGGACCAUGGAACGCAUCCGCAAGAACACCUUCGUUAUGGAGUAUGUAGGAGAGAUCAUCACGACAGAGGAAGCAGAGAGGAGAGGUCACGUCUAUGAUAGAGAGGGAGCCACCUACCUGUUUGACCUGGAUUAUGUUGAUGAUGAGUACACGGUGGAUGCUGCUCACUAUGGCAACAUUUCCCACUUUGUCAAUCACAGUUGUGAUCCAAACCUCCAGGUGUAUAACGUGUUCAUUGAUAACCUGGAUGAGAGGCUACCUCGGAUAGCUUUCUUUGCCACUCGCUCCAUCAAGUCAGGGGAGGAGCUUACUUUUGACUACAAAAUGCAGAUUGAUCCUGUAGACGCAGAGAGCACAAAGAUGGACUCUAAUUUCAGUUUGACAGGACUCCCGGGUUCGCCUAAGAAGCGCACGCGCAUAGAGUGCAAAUGUGGAGUGGCAACAUGUCGGAAGUAUCUCUUUUAGAAAACAUUGGGGCUGUGAAUUUGUACCAUGCCAAAUAGUCACUGAAAACAGUGAUCUGUCAGAAGAGCGAAUGUUAUGAAUUUAUUAAUUGUGUAGGAACAAAAAUCCUGUUACAGUUAAAGAAAUAUUCAAAAUGAAUUUCUAUUGUUGAUAAUUUGUUUAAUUGUGUUAUCUUAGUAUAUCUUGAUGAGUUUGAUGCAUGAAAGUUCAGACUCGGCGGUCUUAGAUGAUAUUUUUCCAUUCACUCUUACGAAUUUUUGACAUUUCAACGGUUUCCUGUCAUUUGGCAUGGUACUCUUAAGACCACAUUUCCCCACGUUGGAAUUGAGAAAGUGUACAGUUCUUUGUAAAUGAUUUUCUUUUCUUCACCAAAAAAGUCAGAUAUGUAUCAGUGUCAGUUUGGAAAGGGAUUGUGCCUAUUCUUUUUUAUUACAAAUUUUUUAUAGUUGGGGUAUUUUUUAUAAGAAGCCUUUUUCUUUUUUUUAGUCAAACAGUAAUUAUAAUAAUUAGUACAAUGUCCUUGAAAUACAAAGGAUAUUUUUAUCUUGAUGCUGAUUAAACCUAGUCUUCAACUAAACUACACUGCCAAUGAGGAUUCUCUGUUGAAAAUCCUUUUUUUGCCUAAGUGUAAUCUGUCUGGAAAACUUACCUGAAGACACGUGCAGCUUUGAUUUCAUUAAGCCUCCAUUAGGGGGCAAAACUGUACCAUAAAACUGUACUGAUCGGACCAUUUGUGUAAAUUACAUAGGAAAGAAAAACAUUACACAUUUGAGUUUCUUGUUCAGUUAUUGGCUUGAAUACUUGAUUUUUACAGCUUUUUAGUUUUUAUGUACACACUAGUGUGGAUCCUGAUGAUUUGUGUCAUAUGGUGGUGCUCCAUGGUGUUUUGUUUGAAUAAUAAGUGAACCAUUUAAAGCAUGCAUGUCAAACUAGGACCUUUCAGGCCAAAGUGCUGCAGAGAUUAGCAUUUACCCUCAUCUGACGCUCUUAAUUCAGUUCAUGAAGGCCUUGCUAAUUAACUGAUGGGCUGAAACAGGUGUUUAAUGAGGCAGUGUGUUGAAGUCUGCAGUGUUUUGGCCUGCGAGGACUGGAGCUUGACACAUGCGAUUUAAAGGAAAAGUUGGUAUUCUCUACUAUAACACCUAAAUGAAAAGAAAUUCUUCUAAAGUGUAGCAGCAAGCAAAAAAAAAAAACCACAAAACAACCAAACAAAAGCUGGUGCACGUCUUUGUUCAUUUGUUAAAUUUACCUCUCCCCUUUUCCCUCACAGAUUGUUUCCACGCUACCACACUUAUUCUUCUGUCUAACCAAAAGAAACACAGUAUUUGUAAAAAUUGAGAACAGUGCUUCUGAUAUCAAAUCCAGUCUUCUGUCCGGCUCUGUUGCUUUAUGUGUACAUAUUGUCUGAAUGUAACAUUUAAGGCCUAAAUCAGGUAUUGCUGAAAGAGUUAACUAACAGGGCACCAUAAACAUACAUGUUGCUACAUUUUAGUACAUGUAGUCCUGUAGUAAAACCUGCAAAGUACAUGCAGGAAUUCCUGUUUAGGCCUUUAACUCAAUUUAGUAGAUUUGUUUUCAUUGUUUAUAUGUAUUAGCAAAUUAAUCAUGUCUGUUAUUUGAAAGUUUAUAUAAUAGAAAAAUACUGUGAAAUAAAAAAGCUUAAAAAGUAAUAUUACUUUUAUAUUACUUUUGUUUAAUAUUACUUUACUGAAAAGUAAAUUACUUUUUCAAAUGUUUAGGACAGUAUUGCUUCACACAUUGGAACCGAUUCACGUAGUGAAACAUAAGAAUAAUUUUCUCUUGAUAUACUAUGCAGGUAUCAUUUGAGGUCAAGUAUUAAGAGGGAAGUCAAAGGUCGACAUGGCCUUGAGAAAUUGCAGUCAAACUCAGAUCUGAGUUUAUAGUGGUGGCUAGCUAAUUGCUCUGUAAGCUGAGACUGUGACUUCAGAGCAAUGCGUGACCUUUUGCGCUGAUAUCAGAGGCUCGGGUCACGCCUGACAGACACCCUAUAAGAAGUUGUUUCGUUGUCUUACUUGCUGGAAACUGUAUUUUAGCCUCUGCAUUGUGAGAAAGUAUAUAUGGUGAAAUUCAGUUAUUUUUGACAUUUACUAUUAUGUGCCAUGACAGUGUGGAAACUGAUAUGAUGCAUAAACACAUUAGAUUUAUCUACUUCAUACCCAGACACACUGCAAAAGGACAACUGUAUGAAUCACCUAUUGCACAGACAGCACUAUAAAGUGAGGUUUACCCAACAUGAUUCAAACUUGAAGGCUUCAUUCCAAAAAUAGUAGUCAAACGUCUAUACUGUCUAAAAGAAAAACCCAUGAAAUGUAAAAAGUAAUGCUACAUAUUGAAUGGUCAUUUGAAGCCCAAAUCAGGAAUUGUUA